CUGAUCUUUUCCAAUUUCUCCCUCUGUCGUUAAUCUCGUCAGCUAUCGAUGUUAACAAACAUGCAGGCUAUUCUGUCUUUACAGACACAACUUGCCUCGAUAAUGGACGUGCUUGCUAGAGCGGCCGUUGACGAGAUAAGUCAACUCUUUUCCGAGAGCUCGGCUGAUUUGCAGUUGGAGGUUUCUCGCAGCUACAAAGAAAACGAAGCUCUGAAAAUGAGGAUGAAGGUGAUGAAGAACGAGCUUUUCACCCUGCGACUACAAAGGGCGAGUACACCGCGGGGCAGUCGCUUUUCUUUCAGCAGAACUUUAUGCAAGCCUCGGGGGAAACUCGCAGAUAAGACACCUGAGCACCAGACAUCCAUUUACAGCAGGGAUGAUGCCCCUAUUACAAUAGGGGAAGAGGAGAUACCAUCCACAGUCAAAAAAGAGUGUGCAGAUGUGGAGAGUCCAGAUGUCAUCUUGAUAAAAGAUGAGGAGGGUCCUGAGGAUGACUUUGGAGGAUGUGGGCCAGAUGCAGGUCAUGACGAUAUUUGUGGUGAGAAUGUUACCAUGGUGACACCACAGCCGGAACAUGCCACCCAGAGACUAGGUCACGAUGAGGGACCAUACAGCAUGAACGACCCCCACGGUCAUGGUCGAGGUGAAGAAGCGCUGUGCAGCGUGACCAGUACUGAGAACUACCCUUUCUUCAGAGCCCCAGAACUACUUCAGAGUUUGCCCUCACACUCUGGUCUGCUGCCGGACCACACAGUCAGCCAUCAGAUACAGCUGAAUACUCAUUCUAUUGGGGAACCACUGCAAGGCAACCCCCAAAUGAGGGGCUUGCAAAGUGACAGAGGGGGUCUGCCGAGAGGGGAUACAGGAGGACGGGGUCUGAAAAUCGUACAGGUAGCUUCCCUAGAAACCACCCCAACGACCCCAACAACAACCUUGGUAACAGGGGGUGUGACUGUGAGGCGCCCUAGUCUUGUAAACCAGUUCCAGCGCCACCACGUCCCCCAUGGUACCAAGCCGUUGUUCUGUAGCGACUGUGGGAAGCGCUUCUCUCGCCGGCUUGACUUGAUCCGCCACCGGGCGGUCCACACAGGAGAGAAGCCUGUCAUAUGCAACCUGUGUGGGAACUCGUUUGUCAACAAGACGACACUGAGGGUCCACAUGCGUAUUCAUACAGGGGAGAAACCUUACAUGUGCUCCCUGUGUGGGAAGGGUUUCACCCAGAAUGGCAGCCUGACCAUCCACCUGAGGACCCACUCUGGGGAGAAACCCUACAGCUGCUCCCAAUGUGGAGCUUCUUUCAACAACCCCAGCAACCUGCGCAGACACAUGGUCACACACCCAGAGCAGGCAGGGACGCUGACACUCUGACACCCAAACUCACCGGUGGCCAGUGGAGCUUAAGGUUCUUUAUUUUUCUUCAGCAUUCUCUCAUUCUUGUUCUCGCUCGCUCUCUCUCUCUCAAUUCAAUAUAAGCUUUAUUGGCAUAAAUUGGUUGUUUCCACUGUGGCCAAAGCAAAGUAUAUGAAGUAUUACAUAAAUUAACAAUGUUUUUGAGCAACAAUAAUCAUACACGGUGAACAAAAAUGUAAACGCAACAUGCAACAAUUUCAAAGAUUUUACUGAGUUACAGUUCAUAUGAGGAAAUCAGUCAAUUGAAAUAAAUCCAU